ACCAAAGGCUAAGUCUUGAAAACAUGAUUCCUGCAACUGUUCACACUGUCCUGAGUGCUCUAUAUUUAUGCUGCCACAGAAAGAACUGGUUACACUCGGAGGAGAAACACAAGAAACACUAAGGACUGAAAUGCGUUUGCAGCGAAUGUUUCCUCAUCAUGAAUAGGUACACAACUAUCAGACAGCUUGGUGAUGGGACCUACGGCUCUGUUCUCCUAGGGAGAAGCAUUGAAUCUGGAGAGCUAAUAGCCAUUAAAAAAAUGAAGAGAAAGUUUUAUUCCUGGGAGGAAUGCAUGAACCUUCGAGAGGUUAAGUCUUUGAAGAAAUUAAACCAUGCCAAUGUAGUAAAGUUGAAAGAAGUUAUCAGGGAAAAUGAUCAUCUGUAUUUUGUGUUUGAAUACAUGAAAGAAAAUCUUUACCAGUUAAUGAAAGAAAGAAACAAACUGUUUCCAGAGUCUACAGUUCGGAAUAUUAUGUAUCAAAUCCUGCAAGGACUUGCAUUUAUCCAUAAGCAUGGAUUCUUUCACAGAGAUUUGAAACCUGAAAACCUCCUUUGCAUGGGACCAGAACUUGUGAAAAUAGCAGACUUUGGCUUAGCCCGAGAAAUCCGAUCUAGACCUCCUUACACCGAUUAUGUAUCUACAAGAUGGUACAGGGCUCCUGAAGUCCUUCUGAGAUCCACCAGCUAUAGUUCUCCAAUAGAUAUUUGGGCUGUUGGUUGUAUAAUGGCAGAAGUUUACACACUGAGGCCUCUUUUCCCAGGCGCCAGUGAAAUUGAUACUAUAUUCAAAAUCUGCCAAGUCUUGGGGACGCCAAAGAAGAACGACUGGCCUGAAGGCUACCAACUUUCAGCCUCCAUGAAUUUUCGAUGGCCUCAGUGUGUACCUAACAAUCUAAAAACCCUCAUACCUAAUGCUAGCAGUGAAGCAGUGCAGCUCAUGAGAGACAUGCUGCAGUGGGACCCCAAAAAGCGGCCAACAGCUAGUCAGGCACUUCGAUAUCCGUACUUCCAGGUUGGCCAUGCCCUGGGUGUUCAGGAACUGGGGAAACAAAAAGAACUGCAUAAUAAAUCAUCUCUGCAUAUUAAGCCUGUCCCUCCAGCUCAACCCCCUCCGAAACCUCAUGCCCGCAUUUCGUCAAGGCCUUUUCAACAAAGCCAGUCUUCUCAGCAUUUGGUGUACCCAUACAAGACAGACAACUCUGGGGCUGAGCACAGUAACUACUUACAGGAGGACAAGUCUAACCAAGUUGUUCUGCCUGCAAUUCACAAUAAAGUUCCUCAGCAGAAAACAUGUGCUGGGACUGAGAAUAUAAAUGGUGAACUUAAACCAAAAACUAGGCGAAGAUGGGGACAUCUUGCUAGAACAGUGAAGAGUUCUGAAGACUGGGAUGACUUGGAAGACCUUGAUUUCAGCUCUUCCGUCACAAGGAUGGAUUUGAAAAACAAGAAGAGGCAGAGCAAUGAAACUGUUUGUAGAUUUGAAAGCAUUUUGGACCUGAAGCCUUCGGAUGCUGUAGGUUCUGGCUGCAGUGCACCUUCCCAUGCGACCUUUCCACGUGAGGACACUCCCACAUUGCGAGUUUCUGCAGCAAAGCAGCACUACUUGAGACAUUCUAGGUAUCUACCUGGAAUAAGCACAAGGAGUGGCAUAGUCUCCACUUCAAACAAAGAGUCUGUUCCGUCUAAUCCCUGGCCCAGUUCUGGAUUCCCUGGGAAGGCAUCUGGUUUGGGAGGAAGUAUUAACAGGAUGAAUUCAGGUAAGAAGCUUUCUACAAGAUCAAGCAGUCUAACCAGUGGUUAUAUCCCUUCAUUUCUGAAGAAGGAAGUAGGCUCUGCUGGGCAGAGGGUUCAGUUAGCACCAGCUGUGGAUCCAUCUUCUAAUUAUGCUUCUCUGAAGUCAGUAAGACCACAUCUUGGACAGCCAUCAUUCAGUUCACCUACGAAAAGCACACCGAGGUUAAUGUCUUUCCCACCACCAGCUCAGCCAAUCCAUGGGCGUGUUGACUGGUCUGCGAAGUAUGGUGCUCACCGGUGA